AUGUCUUAUAAAAUAAUUUUCUUUGUUAAUUUCGUCUUUAAUCUUUUUUAUGGAAUAAAUGCUAUUCCAGUUAUUUCUCAUGAUAACAAUGAUUUAUUAAGGAAACGACAAUUAACAGAAGAGGAUAUAUCAUCAAAUAAAGAAUACUUUGAAGAGGUUGGAUAUUUUAAAAUGAGAUUGAUGUAUAUUGUUACUUUGAUGUUAUUACAAGCAAGUGUAUUUUGUUCUUUAUACGUGAUUCGUCGUACAUUUUCUAAAAAUGGUGGAGCUGGAAACAACAAUGAUAAAGGACUUAGUGUUAUCGAUAAAAUACCACUUUAUAUGGCUUAUUUAGAUGUUAUUCUUUGCGCUUUACUCACAUUUAACUUGGGUUAUCCAAUAGCUUUCGUGGAUAAUUGGCCAAAUCCAAUAUGCACAAUUUUAUCCGGAAUUGUUUUUUAUACUGUCAUUGCAUAUACUGUAUUAAUUGGAUCUCUUUCGAUAAUUGUUUGGCUUAAAGUUGAAUUUUAUCUUGGCGUGUAUGAUUAUAAGUUAUUUGCUGUCACUAUAAUCAUUCCGACAAUUCUUACAGUUCUUUGUCGUAAAGCAUUUGGAGGCGAUGAAUUUUGGUGUUACUCGCCUGACCAAUUUGACCUAGUUCCAAAAGUUCUUUUAGCAGUGUGUUUUACUGGACUAGCAAUUUGCGGUUUUUGUUAUUGUAAUAUUUUUAUGAAGGCUAACAAAGUCAACAAAACAAUAUCAACCACUAAAAGUUUUGAUGAAAUGAAUUCAACUGGUGAACUCUCUAUAAAAAAUUUCAAAAAAAUUCUUGGUUAUUUAUUAAUUUAUAAUGUUAAAUGGUAUGAAAAAGUUUAUAUAUUUUUUACAACAAUGAUUUUAUUUGCGUUAUUUAGCGGCAUGUUGAAUGUGACUCAAUAUAUUAUCAAUGAACGUUCUUCUAAAUCCGUUGAGACUACUAAUAGCACUGAUACUGAUGGGAAAAUGUAA